AUGCUAUAUUCCCAGAGAAAAAGUCCGGGAUUCCGGUGUCUGCUGCUCUGGCUUCUGCUCCCCGCAAUCUGGGAGGCAGGGAGCGGCCAGCUCCACUACUCGGUCCCCGAGGAGGCCAAACACGGCACCUUCGUGGGCCGCAUCGCGCAGGACCUGGGGCUGGAGCUGACGGAGCUGGUGCCGCGCCUGUUCCGGGUGGCGUCCAAGGGCCGCGGGGACCUUCUGGAGGUAAAUCUGCAGAAUGGCAUUUUGUUUGUGAAUGGUCGGAUCGACCGGGAGGAGCUGUGCGGGCGCAGCGCGGAGUGCAGCCUGCACCUGGAGGUGAUCGUGGACAGGCCGCUGCAGGUGUUCCACGUGGAGGUGGAAGUGAAGGAUAUUAAUGAUAACCCUCCUAGAUUCUCUCGGCCAGAACAAACGUUAUUUAUUUUAGAGUCAAGAAUGCCAGAAUCGCGAUUUCCAGUAGAGGGCGCGUCUGAUUUGGAUGUGGGAGCAAACGCAGAACUGAGAUACAAGGUCAGUCCUAAUGAGUAUUUUGACUUGGAUGUUAAAAGAAACGAAGAAGAAACAAACAUUUUAGAGCUAGUUUUGAAGAAAUCGUUAGACAGAGAAGAAACUCGAGAGCAUCAUUUAUUAAUGGUUGCAAUUGAUGGAGGAAAACCUGAAUUAACAGGUACAGUUCAAUUAUUGAUCAGUGUUUUGGAUGCAAAUGAUAAUGCCCCUGUAUUUGAGAAGUCCACUUAUAACGUCAGAUUGUUGGAAAAUACACCAAGAGAGACAUUAGUAGUUAAAGUGAAUGCAUCAGAUGCAGAUGAAGGCAUUAAUAAAGAAAUAGUAUAUUUCUUCAGUAAUCUUGUUCUUGAUGAUGUAAAAUCUAAAUUUAUAAUCAAUUCCACCAGUGGUGAAAUAAAGGUUAAGGGAGAACUGGAUUAUGAAGACCGAAAGUUAUAUGAAAUUUACAUUGAUGCUUUGGAUAGAAAUCCAUUCCCAUUAAGUGGUCAUUGCAAAGUUACAGUGAAACUUGUGGAUGUGAAUGAUAAUGCCCCUGAGAUGGCCAUAACUUCCCUAUUUUUGCCAAUCAAAGAAGAUGCUCCCCUAGGCACUGUCAUUGCUUUGAUCAGUGUGUCUGACCGCGACUCAGGUGCUAAUGGGCAAGUGACCUGCUCCCUAACACCCCACAACCCUUUCAAGCUGGUGUCUACUUUCAAGAAUUACUAUUCAUUAGUGCUGGAGAGCGCCCUGGACCGAGAGACCACCUCUGAGUAUGAGUUGGUGGUGACCGCGCGUGACGGGGGCUCGCCUCCGCUGUGGGCCACCGCCAGCGUGUCGGUGGAGGUGGCCGACGUGAACGACAACGCGCCCGUGUUCGCACAGGCCGAGUACACGGUGUUCGUGAAGGAGAACAACGCGCCCGGCUCGCACAUCUUCACGGUGUGGGCGCGCGACGCGGACGCGCAGGAGAACGCGCGCGUGUCGUACUCGCUGGUGGAGCGGCGGGUGGGCGAGCGCGCGCUGUCGAGCUACGUGUCGGUGCACGCGGAGAGCGGCAAGGUGUACGCGCUGCAGCCGCUGGACCACGAGGAGCUGGAGCUGCUGCAGUUCCAGGUGAGCGCGCGCGACGCUGGCGUGCCCGCCCUGGGCAGCAACGUGACUCUGCAGGUGUUCGUGCUGGACGAGAACGACAAUGCGCCUGCGCUGCUGGGGCCUCCCGGCGGCGGCGGCGGCGGCGGCGGCGGCGGCGGCGGCGGCGGCGGCGGCGGCGGCGGCGGCGGCGGCGGCGGCGCGCGCAGCGAAGUGCUGUGGCGCUCGGUGGGCGCUGGCCACGUGGUGACCAAGGUGCGCGCGGUGGACGCGGACUCUGGCUACAACGCGUGGCUGUCGUACGAGCUGCAGCCGGCGGCGGCCGGUGCGCGCAGCCCGUUCCGCGUGGGGCUGUACACGGGCGAGAUCAGCACCACGCGCGCGCUGGACGAGGCGGACGCCGCGAGGCAGCGCCUGUUGGUGCUGGUGAAGGACCAUGGCGAGCCGGCGCUGACGGCCACCGCCACGGUGCUGGUGUCUCUGGUGGACAGCGGCCAAUCGCCCAAGCUGUCUUUGCGUGCAUCGGAGGGCGCCGUGGCUUCGGAGGCGACGCUGGUGGACGUGAACGUGUACCUGAUCAUCGCCAUCUGCGCGGUGUGCAGCCUGCUGGUGCUGACGCUGGUGCUGUACGUGGCGCUGCGGUGCUCUGGGGCGGCUGUGGGGCGGAGCGAGGGCGCGUGCGCGCCUGGGAAGCCUGUGCUGGUGUGCUCCAGCGCGGUGGGGAGCUGGUCCUACUCUCAGCAGAGGAGGCAGAGGGUGUGCUCUGGGGAGGGCCCGCCCAAGACCGACCUCAUGGCCUUCAGCCCCAGCCUUCCCCAAGGUCCUACUUCUGCAGACAACGUGAGUCUCUCAAAACGUACUACAUUUUUUAUAGUAAUUCCUUAA